CUCCGUUCCCCUGACAAGCUCAGUCCUUUCCCACCCGUUGCUGAGCUCUGGUCAAGAUCUUCUCCCAAGAAACUUACAGAGGUAGAGCGCUCAAGGAUUCUCACUGCAUACCACAGCCACAAGCCUGAGGAAGGCAGGGCUCACAUUGACAUGGCAUCCACAGUGUCAGAGUCUGGUGGAGUGAAAGUCAUCACACAGGUCCUCCAAGCCACAGACCCCCGGGCUGCGCAGCUGAUGCCAUGCCCCAGCCCCACCACAUCCUAUCCAGGCUCAAUUCUGGUCAAAGACUUCAGGAAAGCACAGCCUAAGGCACUUGGGUCAAUACAGAUAGUAGCUGGCAUCACACAGAUAAGUUUUGGGAUUGCCUUGACGAUUGCAGAAGCCAGCAACCCUGCCCUCACUGUGACCAGUGGAGUCUACUUCUGGAUUGGAUUCCUGCUCACGGUCUCAGGAUCCCUGCUGGUGGAAACUGAAAAAAGAGACAACGCUUCGAUGGUGCAAGCCUGCUGCAUUAUCAGUACCCUCGUCAUUGUGGCCAGCCUGGUGGCAGCAAUCAUCUAUGGUGUCGAGAUAAGCCAGAACGUCCCGUGGUGCCCCGUGAGAGGGAAUGUUUCUGGGAACAAACAGUGGUGCCAGUCUCCUACCCCCACGGGCCCGAACCAUGGGGUUAACACCGUAUUUAUCCUUCUGUGUCUCCUGGAGAUGAGCACAGCCAUCGCUGCCCUGGUGUAUGGAUGCAAGGCCAUUAGAGGGGAAAGCUACACACGGAUGGUGCUGUGAUGGGGACAAAGGCUGUCUCCACUCUCCCCACACUGACCACACGAUGGAGCCACAGAAACUUGUAUCUCAGCACCCUCUUCAUUUUCCCAGGAAAGACUUUGGAUAAGGCAGUCUCCAAUACUGUUGCCUCCUGGAAGCCUUCCCUAACAAACUGGAUACCCAAACACACAUUUAAUGGGGCCCCAAACUCUCUCUCAGUUACUGGAGGGGAAAGCAAGUCUGCCCUUAAACUGCUCCCUGAUCUCUGCUAUCUGUAAGCAUGUGUGCAGGGCAAACUUCAAAUCCCUACCUUCUCUCCAGAUCUUCCUAAUCAUAGAAUCAUAGAAGUAGGGUCGGAAGGGACCUUGUACAUCUUCAGGUCCAACCCCCUGCUUGGGCAGGAAGAAAACUGGGCUCAAAUGACCCCAGCCAGGUAGGCAUCAAGCCACUUCUU